CAGCUCCAAAAUAUUGUAGCCUCCAAUACUAAAGAUGACUUGGUGAAAAAAUGGAAAAUGCCAGAGAGAUAUUGCAGGAGGAUGGUUUCCCAAAGUCAGGCCUGGAGAAGAGAGAAACUACCAAAAGAACUAUCCCCAAACGGAUCAUCCACUUUGCAAAUGGAGACACUAUGGAUGAAUAUAGCACAGAAGAAGAAGACGACGAGAAAGAAGAAUUGAAAAACACUCCAACACUUGCUAUUUCUAAACUUCCAUGGGGGCCAUACUUAAGAUUUUGGGCUGUACGAAUGACAAGUGCUACAUUUUCCACAUGUGACUUCCUAGGUGGGAAGUUAGCCACUUUCUUUGGACUCGAUGAACCCAAAUAUCAGUAUUUGUUAAAUGAAUACUACAGAACUCAAAAUCAGGAGAAUGAUAAGCAAGCUGAAGAAGAUGACUCAAAGGCCCAGUCAACAGAGGUCUCUGACGAAAAGCAGUGCUUGGAUAUCUAUGGCAAACAGUAUGGCACCAAUGAACAGAAGACUUUACCUCCUAGAGAACCUUGACAUAUAUGGGGAAAGUGGCGGAAUCCAGUGCAUGACAUGAAGCAGCAGUCAGGUUUCCUUAUUACCUCCUUUUUUUGAUCAUCAGUUGCCACAGCAACAGAAUCCCAGGGAGUAUCUAUAAGCCUAUCAAAUGACCGAAAGGCUUCUCCAGUUCCCAUGAUUAAAUAUCAGGUAGUUAUAGGUUAUAAUCUGAGAACAUUUAUGACCUUUUUGGGGUGGGGAACCUUGAGGCCACAUGUGGUCCUCAAACACAGCCCUUUAACUGAAUCCAAACCAAAGGGCCACACUUGAGGAACCCGAGGGCCACAUGUGGCCCUGAGGCCACAGGUUCCCCACCCCUGCUAGCUUCUGGGAGAGGGGAGAUAAUGGGAGAAAGUAGUGGCAGCCCUUUUGUAUCAUUGGGAUUUAAAUAGCCAAGAACAGUGGUGAGGUAGUCAUCUAAAACUUUUUGUGUGGAAAAUGAGAAGGAUAUCAUUUCUGAUGGAGCUCUGGGACUCUGUUUAGAUGAUAGGAUCAUAGAAUGCCAGAGGGACUUCAGAGAUUGUCUAAUCCAACUUCCGCAUUGUAUAGCAAAGAAAUUGAGACCCAGGAAGCUUCAAGGACCUGAGUAAGGUCAUGAAGCUAAUUAAUAGCACAGCUGGGUAGGUGAAAGUAGAUCAUCUUGUCCAGUCCCUUAAAUUUUUAGUUCCAGGUUCUCAGCUGAGGACUGUAGGUUUUUCAAAGCCCUCUGGGAAGACAGGUGUAUAAAAUCCACUCCAAACCCUGAUCCCUUCAUUUACUUUCCCAGCAGUUAAAUGGGAGUGAAUACACCCCCUAAUGACUUCUGUAUUCAAUCUAUAGGUAUAACUUUUGCCCAAGCAAAAACUUUAUCUUCAAAGCCUGAAGAGCUCCAAGAGAACGAUAGGAAAAUCAUGGUAUCAGGUCUGGCCUUUAUCUACUCAAAGGUUAUACCAAUUCAACAACAACAACAUAAUAUUAAAGUUCUCUAGGAUUCCACUGAACUCUGCACUUACAUACAAUAGCCACUUCAAUUAAACCACCUAAGUCUCUCUUUUUUUAAGCAAAAAAACCCCUUUAUCCAAAUCAGUAGUGUAAUAGAAGUCAGACAAAGUAUACAUAUGAGAAUAUAUACCAGAUAAUAGUGAAGGAAGUCUCCCAUUGGGAGUGAGAUAUCUUAGCUGAACCAAAAGAGAGAGUUCCAGAUCUCAUUCAAGGGGAAAAUUCCCUGAAGUCUCAGUGUAGUAAGCUAAGGAGAGGGACAUGAUAGAGACUGCCAGCUCCUCUCAUGAUGGCUUCUUUCCAGAGUCUAUUUUCAAAACCACCUAACUCUUAACCAUCCAUCCAUUCACCACCCCACCAAAAAAGUUAGUUAUUAAGUCAAUAAAGGAUUUAUUCUUCAUCUAUUUUUAAGUACUAUAAAAUGCAAUACAUAGCAAGACAGAGUCAGAACUAAGAAAAUUACCACUUGCCCACCCAGAAGUAAAUACUUUCCAAGUAUUUGUUGUUCAGUUGUUUUCAGUCGAA